UAACGGGGAGCGAUAACGGGGAGCGCCGGUCCCGCUGUCACCGCGCGAUGGGAGCGCCGCGACACCGCCCCGCCGGCCCGCCGCCUGCCUGAGCAACGCGGCGCCAGCCCGCGCUCCGAGCAACAAGCUGCCGCUGCCAGGAUCUAGCUGCUGCUCUUUUUCUCUUCCAUUGGACCGCCAACGCUUUUUUCGAUUUAGUGACAAGCUGGGUGUGAUCGUCACGAACGAAGUGUGGGUUUGAUGGCUGCUAAGUCAGCCUUUACUCCUACGUACCGAUCCUAAAAAAUAAGGGACGGAAAAGUCUGCUUGUGUAAUCUUUUUAAAAAGGGAAAGAGCGCUGUUGUGUUGGGUUUGGUUUUUUUCCCUAUUUUCGUCUUCGUCUGUUUGGAUUUCUUUUUAAACUUAUGAAAAAUGGCAACAGCAGCGUAUGUGGAUCAUUUUGCAGCAGAGUGCCUUGUUUCUAUGUCGAGUCGUGCGGUUAUCCAUAGUCCCAAAGGGGAGCCUGAUCCCCAACCUGAUGCAGCAAUACUUCCUUCAUCCAAUGGAGAAGAUAGACGGGAAGUCAGAGAAACCGGGAAGGACAAUGGAUCAUCAUUACUUGUGGUAGCUAGCAUUUUAGCAGACCUGAACCAGCAUGUCCCAAACUCACCCGCUCUAAGGACGGAAAAAACAGAGACGCUUGAUAUAACAGAAAAAAUACACAUUUCUAUUGCUCCUAAGGAGUUUGGGGAAGAAAGUGUGUCUUCAGCUGGUAAGCGUGGAGGAGAAAAAGCAGCCACACCUACUAGCCUGGCUGCAGUAACUGAGCCAAGCCCCAGACAAAAGAACAAACGCCUAAGAAGCUGGACUGACCCUGGAUCACCCCAGAAAAAGCACAAAUGCCACUAUGUGGGGUGUGAAAAAGUUUAUGGCAAAUCUUCCCAUCUUAAAGCUCAUCUAAGGACCCAUACAGGUGAGCGGCCGUUCGCCUGCGGCUGGGGGGGG